AUGAACGUUCGCAACGAACUUAAUCAACUAUUGCAAGAAGAGGCUUACAACCAUUCAAGAAAGCCCAAACCUAGCCGUUAUCCUAACAAUAAAACACAGGUGAGGUUGCUUAGCAGUCUACUUGCAGGCCCAGCUCUGGCAUGGUUUGCCCCACUCUUUGAAAAAAAGUCAGCACUGUUAAACGAUUUCAAUAGUUUCAUCAGGGAGUUCAAAACUACCUUUGGUGACUCAAACAAGGAUUGUUGCGGUGGAAACAAAUUUGGAAAGUUCGGAAAAAGAGGAGUCCCAACUGUAGUAAGAGACACUCUUGUUAUAACAGUCUCUAUACAGCUCCUAGACAAAUCCAUGUUCUUUGUUAACACAUUAAUAGACUCUGAUGCUUCAGCGUGCUUCCUUAAUUAUAUGUUAGCACAUCAAUACAACUUACCUACUAGAAGAAAAAAGACACUACUAUCGGUAGAAGUGAUAGAUGGCCAAGAAAUAUCGUCGGAGGCAGUCAUUUAUGAAACUAAGCCAUUGAUGAUAAGGUAUCAGGACCAUUGUGAGGAAAUCACAUUCAACCUGAUCCAAACACCGCACUAUCAAGCUAUUCUAGAAUUAAUAUGGUUGGCUCAUCACAAUCCUAACAUUAAUUGGUGUGAACAUAUACUAAAAUUUCCAGAUGCAGUUUGUAUUCUUCACAUUUAG